ACUUCAGCUCUUCCUCGGUGGCAGUGGGAUUUACCGGUGCCAUGCGCUAGAUAUCUUGUCGGCAUUCCAUUUCUUUUCUUUCUUACGCAGUCGAAUCUUUCUUUUAUUUCUGACUGGAUCUGUUGGCUCAGCGGAGAUGCGUCUCCUUCGCUGCUGCUUGCUCGGCGUGCUCGCCCUGUUCUGCCUGUUAUCCGUGGCGUUUGCAGCGGAGGACUACUACAAGAUUCUGGGGUUGGACAAGGCUGCUUCGGAGAAGGAUAUCAAGCGGGCGUACCGGACGUUAAGCAAGAAGUACCAUCCUGACAAGAACCCGGGCGAUGAAACAGCACGUGAGAAAUUCGGCGAGAUAGCGGAAGCGUACGAGGUUCUCUCGGUAGCGAGCACACGCAAGAUCUACGACCAGUACGGACGAGAAGGGCUCGAGCAGCAUCGACAAGGGGGUCAGGCCGGGCGGGCCGCACACGAUCCGUUUGAUCUGUUCUCGCGGUUCUUCGGGGGCGGGGGCCAUUUCGGCCAUGCGCCAGGCCACCGUCGCGGGCCGGACAUGGAGAUGCGGGUUGCGUUACCGCUGGCGAACUUCUAUACGGGGCGGGAGAUCCGGUUUGUGAUUGAGAAGCAGCAGAUCUGCGAGGCGUGCGAGGGGACAGGGUCUGCGGACCGGGAGGUGGUGACGUGCGACCGGUGCAAGGGCCACGGGAUGGUGAUUCAGAAACACAUGCUUGCCCCGGGGAUGUACCAGCAGGUUCAGAUGCAAUGUGACCAGUGCGGGGGACGGGGAAAAACCAUCAAGAAGCCGUGUGCGGUGUGUCAUGGGCAUCGGGUGGUGCGGAAUGAGGUGGAGAUCUCUGCAACCAUCGAACCGGGUAUGGACAAGGGCACGCGGCUUGUCUUUGAGAACGAGGCGGACGAGAGCCCGGACUGGGUCGCGGGCGACUUGGUGUUGAUUCUGGAUGAGCAGCCCGCGGAGCUGGGUGCCAGCGUCGAGGAGCGCACCGACGGCACCUUCUUCCGCCGCAAGGGCCGCGAUCUCUUCUGGAAGGAAGCCCUCUCCCUGCGUGAGGCCUGGAUGGGCGGCUGGUCGCGCAACCUCACCCAUCUCGACGGCCAUGUCGUCCGUCUGGGUCGCCCGCGCGGACAUGUCGUCCAGCCGCUCUCCGUCGAGACCGUCCGCGGCGAGGGCAUGCCCAUCUACACGGAAGACCAUCUACAUAACAGCAACAAUGACGACGACGAAGAUGAUGUAGAGGCUGGCAAUCUCUAUGUCGAGUAUACCGUCAUCCUGCCGGACCAGAUGGAGAGCGGGAUGGAGAAGGACUUUUGGGCGCUGUGGGAGAAAUGGCGCAAGCAGAACGGCGUCGAUCUGGGCCAGGACUCUGGCCGACCUAUGCCUCCUCCCUUGUCAGGGAAGGAUGAGUUAUGAUUGUACACCAGAUGUGAUAGAGUAUACUUAUGCUGUACAAGAUGGUAUUCUGUAGUCACUCCGUACAGAGUACCUACUCUGUACUCUAUUAAUACAGUAGUGUAUGUUGAUCAACUGUACUGCCAAUCAAUACUGAAAAGGCCUAUCCAGAAUGACGAUCUCUGAGAGCUCACACGUCUUCAUAUAUUAUAGUUUCUACAGAGUAUACAGAU